AACUUCAUCAUGAAUUGCACAAAACUCCGGGGUUUCCCCCAAAACCUUCGUUACGAAAUUGCAGAUAAUCCUCAUGAGUUUGCGUACCGCAAGAUACCGCGGAUGCGCUCUUGCGCUAUUCUUGACCUUUCAGGAAACGCAUUCUUCGCUUCAUUUCAUCGUCAAAAAGAGCGAAGCUAUCUCAUUGAAUGUCCUGAAACUAAACGAGAUUUGAAUAAAAAAAAAAAUAUGUGAACUUGCAGCUUCCACAUCGUCCCUCACCUAAAUCCGUAUCGUGUGACGCGCCAGAAAUGGCGGGCGCGCGAAGGCGUCUAACAAUAAGUCUGGCCUGCACGUGGCCUGCUGACUCCUCGUCUCCUCGAUUCAAAUGCUCCCAGCGCAUGAUGAAAUUCGGCGAGCCGAUGUCACGACGCUCGGCCGCUGUGACGCGCGGCUAUCCGUUACGACGUGUGCCAUGCGUUAUUCAUUAUCGCGUGUGCGAUGCGUGCAACGUGAGCGCGUGGGAUACGUGAUUCUUCGCUAUCGCGUCCUAGAAAUGUAAUAAACAUCCGUAUACUUAUAUGGACCGUCCGGAACGAACGAGCGUGUGGUGCCGAAUGCAGCUCUUCUUGAAGAUAUACGCUUAAUAUUUACCGUUUUAUCUAGAUGCAAAGGUCGAGAGAUAGGCAUCUUUUGGCCAACUGUAUACCUCUGCUGAACUUCACAGCCGUCUAAACUAUUAAUUGGUCCUCGUUUAGGGCGAUGGCGAGACCGCAAUUUCGUCCAAUCAAACAUUGAUCGGUGCAAACAAUCGGUCGGGUAGACAGCGUAGACAGGAUCACGAAAAAGUCGGAUGAGCGCAUAAACGAUCGUAUGACGAAGACUGUCAAGUGACCCACAAAUUGGCGGUUUUGCGUGAGAACGCCAACUAUGUCUGAAAUUAAAUAUCCGGGAUAUUAUACCGGUAAUACGAUAAUAGAGCAUGCGACAGUUUCGCUACCGUAUCGUAAAAGCCACGUACAACUUACAAUUAACUCUAUUGUUAUAUACUCUAUCGUAUUCUGUUCUACAUUUUUAUUAAGAACAAUCUUAUCGCUUGUAGUGUCUGCAGAUGUGGCAUCGUUUAAAAUUCAAGACAUCUCUGAGAAAUCAGAUUUAAAAAUCUAAGAAAUUAAAAAUCUGUAAAGAUUUCAGUUUUCCAAGAAUUUAAAUGGAAUCUAAUUUUUUAAUUAAAAGUGGAAGUUUUUUAAAACGAAGAAACACACUCGAGCUUUAAAAAUAUACAAACGUAACCCAUAAAAAGUUUACUUCUAAUUUCACUAGCGUUGCAUCAUUCUUCUAAGGUCGCGAACGGCUAUUAUCUGGCGCAGUAAGCAGUAAUAAAUUGUUAAUUAGAUCGGCAUGUGUGUCGUAAAUUAAUGUGCUUAUUUUCUUGUUCAUUCCCCUAUCGAUCAUUUGACUUAAAAGACAUAUUUGAAACUUGAACUUAGGCAAACGCAGCUGUCAGCACUGCCGACAAUCUCUCGAUCACGAACAUUUCCAAAAAUGUUCGAUGUUUAAAAUUUAUAUCCAGUAAAAUUCCACGCAUUGUAUUAUUUAAUUUCACAGAUUGUUUAAUUAACGGAAAAAUUUGUCAUGCUGUCAAAUCGCAAUUAAAUAAACCAUCAUUUAACAAGAGUAACCUGUUUACGUAGUAUCAUUAAAAAAAAUUGUAAUCAAUCAUGUUAACUGGAAAGAACAAAACGCACGUGUAUGACAGCAACGAGCAAGCCCCUGCGCGGGUAUGCAAAGAGCACUAUCUGCUCUUGUUGGAGUUGUACGUGAAACAGGCGUCAGGCGACCGUCUGGCCAAGCUGAACCAGAUGUUUUUCGUACCUACCAGCGUUCACUUUGGAUUCCUCGACUUCGUGGACGAGAACGAUCUAAUGGUGACUCCGGUGGACCCUCUUUUCCAACCGCAGGUGGGCAUCGUUAACGAAGUCGAAAUCUUCAACGUUGGGAAAUCAGUGCUAUUCACCAUUGAUUCCGAGGCAGCUAUGAAUCGUACGAUAAAAAUGAUCCUAAAAAUCACGGUGAAGAAGCAAAUGCCGGAUGCCAUCAAGCCGGAUGUCCUAGUAGGUACUGGCGAGCUGGACUUGUCCGGUCAGUACGCGGCUUUGCGAAUAGAAAUGAUGCAAGACUGGAAAAAUAGUCUCACGACAUCCAAAGAAUUUGACGGUCAAGUGCCGUUGACUUACAAUGGCAACUUGUCGGGAAAUCUUGACAUCUUCGUAAGAAUCUCCGGCCUCGGACAGAUGAUUGUCACGGAAUUUGACGCACCGAUCGCGCAGGAUCCCUCGACAUUCGUUUUCGGCGCUAGAGAGGCCGAUCGGAUCUUGUUGUACAAGUGUCGCGAAGUGGACUCUCACACCAUUGAUAUAUUCAAUGAUUCCAGCGAGGAUCUUCAAAGCCCGAUAACUUGUCCCGUGUGUAUACCAGAGAAAUAUCCUUGUAUACCAUGUGGGAAAUUAGCAGCUGUCGAAGAGAGGGUUGAGAAAAUAAGACAGAAAGAGGACGAUAGGAUGAUUGAAAGGAAAUUAAAGGAUAAACCAUCAAAGGACUCUGUCCGGCGUAGUCCAUCUCAGCCUUGCGGCAAGCCGGUAGUCCUCAAGGUAUCCGGUCUCUUUGACAACGGUGACGGCAUUGCCAAGAAGAAACCUACGGUAACAGUUGCCGCGGAGUCCGCCGCGACGAAAUCAGGCGAUCCAUCUGAUCCCGACCACGAUAUUUUUGUUCUGAGAAUCGGUAAGAAAGGUCUCGUCGGCGUUGGCGAGAAAUCUGACAUUCAGCUAGAGAUGAAGACCCCGAAAGGACCUGAAAGAAGGCCCCCGAUUAGAUAUGAAACCAGGGAUGUGCAGACAGAAGGACAUGAUGAAGAACCGCUGAAGCUGAAGGAUAAGAAAAAGAUUAAGAAGAAAAAGUGACGCACUUCAUUAUUCAAGUUCUUUAUCCGAGAGUCAAGUUCUAAUAAAUCUAAUUCAUUUUGAUUUAUUUUACGAUAUUUUUCCUAUUGUUAAUUUUUUAUUUUUAUACAACUGUUGUGCAAUAAACAUGUAUUUAUUUAUUUGUAUUAAACUGCAUUUCUUUGUACUAAAUAUUGCAAUAAGUAUAAUAAAAAAAUAUCAAUUAUAUAGAUGAAUUACACGAGAUCGAGUAAAUCAAAGUCAAAUAAAUUGUUUCGGACGUUACAUUCUCUUAAUAUCGAGAACUUAGCUUUUAAGUUCAAAUUCGUAAUUUACUUCAGUAUAAUUUGUAUAAUUGUCAACCUAAAA